UUACAAUAUUCGUUUUCUGCUGCACAUCAACAUGUCUGCGUCCAUGGUGUAAACAAAUUUGUAGACGUCAUCCGAGAUUUUUUUCCUUAAACAAAACAUAAUCAUGAAUGUGUUAUCAUUUAUAUCGUUCAUUUCACUCGUUUCUGCUGGUGGAAUAAACCCAUUUUCAGAUGAUGACCUUUUUGCAAUAAAUUGGGCUGGAACUGUUGAUAUAGAUAGACUGAAAACUGAAAACAGUGAUGUUGAGAUAGUAUCAGUACAGACAGAGGAGGACGAGAAAUACCAGUGUGUUAUACCAGAGUCUCAAGCUACAAUUGAUGCUAAUCGUAAGGCAACAUACAAUGGCGCUACACCUGAGGAAUUGAUGGAGGCUUUAUUCCUGCAAUCUUCUUGUUCAUAUAGAAUAGAGAGCUACUGGACAUAUGAACUUUGUCACGGGAAACACAUUAAACAGUACCAUGAUAACAAGGAACUAGGAUUACAAAAGCCAAAAUUACAGGAAUAUUAUUUAGGUCAGAUAUCUAAAACUGUCACAGAAGAUAAUAAAAAGACUGGGGUAGAUAAAAGUGGAACAGUAAAUAAAGGAGAUGGGUCACCUCGUAUGGGAAUGGAGAAAGAUGAAGUGGGAGGUGAGACAGGGAAAGGAACAGAAGAAGUUGCUGGGAAAGAUGACAACACCAGAACUACAGAGAAGAAACAGCAGGAAAUUCGUAGUGUGAAGAUAGAUGGUUUGGAUCUUCCUUUUUUCUCUGUCAACAUGACAGAUGGUACAGUGUGUGAUUUGACCGGGAAACCUCGACAGAGUCACAUCAAGUAUAUAUGUCAGCCAAAUGGACGUGGGGAGAUAUAUCAGCUUAAAGAAACAUCAAGUUGUGAAUAUGACAUAAUUGUUCUAACAGCAGUUCUAUGCCAGCACCCUGCAUUCAAACCCAAGGAUCCCCCAGUUAGUAAGAUAAACUGUCACUCUGUUGGUACAUCACCAAGACAACCACUUAGGUUGACCAAACUACAGAGAGAACAGGGGAUAAGGCUUGAACCUGUAAAUGAGGAAGAUGAAGAGGAAGAGGAAGUUCAACAGCCACCUAAAAAACAGACUGGUUUCAAACAAGAACAUAUCUAUGAAUCACAGAAACCAGUCAAAGUUGAAACAAAUAUUGGAAAAGAAGCAGAUAAACAAUUACUGAGAGAUUUUAUAAAUGGAGAUUAUUGUAUUCAUGGGGGAGGUGGUUGGUGGAAACAUGAAUUUUGCUACAACAAACAUGCUAAACAAUAUCAUGAGGAAAGUAGUAGCAGUGUUACAACUAUAUAUCUAGGGCAUUGGGAUAAACAGAAACAUCUAGAUUGGCUACAAAGAAAUCCUGCCAAAAAGCCAAAACAACCUGAAAAUAGAAAAUUAAUUUCACUUUACUACAGUGGAGGUGAUGUCUGUGAUUUAACCAACAAACAAAGAUUUGUUGAAGUCAAGUUAAAAUGUUUAAAUAAUGCACAGCAGCCUCAUGCUGUAGCCAUAUAUCUAGUAGAGCCAGCCUCGUGCGAAUAUGUUCUUGGUGUUGAAUCUCCAUUAUUUUGUGGUCUGUUGGAAAAAGCUGAUGAAAACGGAUUGUUUGAUCAUAUAAAUGUUUAGUUUUUGUUUCAAACAUAAUCAGUGUCAUAAAUAUUUAAAUCAUUGCCAUUCCUGUAUAUUUUGUGUCUUAUAUCAUCACAACAGGAUUAGAGAAACAGAUUAAAAUAAUAUGAAAUAAAAAUACUAUCACUGAUUGGAUACAGUUGUUAAGGUUUAAAAAAUGUAUAUGGUAGUACGAGAAUGAGUAGUAAGUAAGAUAUUCAGACAUAACAUUUGACUAAAUGCUUACAUCUGCAUUAGAGCCACAUUUUUAGUUAUACAGACCAUUUUGACAGGUAAUAUGACCCAAUUUUUAUGCAUAUAUGACCCAAAUCAUCAGGUUAGGGUUAUAAAGCAAACAGAUAUUUAAAUGGCCGAAGUCAUCAUGUGAUGGUUAUAAAGCAAACAUGUUUAUAUGACCCAAGUCAUCAGGUGAGGGUUAUAUAACAAACAGAUGUUUAUGUGACCCAAGUCAUCAUGUGAUGGUUAUAAAGCAAACAUGUUAAUAUGACCCAAGUCAUCAGGUGAGGGUUAUAUAACAAGCAUAUGUUUAUGUGACCAGUCAUUGUGUGAUGGUUAUAAAGCAAACAUGUUUAUAUGACCUUAGUCAUCAGGUGAAGGUUAUAUAACAAACAUAUGUUUAUGUGACCAGUCAUUGUGUGAUGGUUAUAAAGCAAACAUGUUUAUAUGACCCAAGUCAUCAGGUGAGGGUUAUAUAACAAACAGAUGUUUAUACAUGGUCAUAUAACAUAUCAAAUGUCUUAUAACCAAUACUGCACAAUAUUGGACUUUGGUUAAAUAGGAAAAUGAUUCUUAAAUUUGUAAACAGCUGUUUAUAUACAAUGUUAUAUUAACAUAAAUAUCCAAUGACAAUCAUAGUUUCAAACAUUCAGUAUCAUACAGGAAAAAAAGUAAGUCAAAUUAGCCUGAAUUCAUUUUAUCAUUCACUUAUCAUAGAAAGACUUACAUCAACUAUAUGGCUCCUAGGAUAAGCUUACAUCUAUUAUCAUGGCUUGUUGUCGUGCCAAUAUGGUAAUUAAAGUCUCAUAAUUCUUGUGUUCAUUUGUUUCCUUUACUGAUAUAUGCGCCUUGUGACUGGUUUUGUGGGUAAAAAAACUCAUUACAGUACAAUUUGUAUAAAGUUAUUUAUACAUGCAGAUGUUGUUUUUCUUUUUUUUUCAAAUCACAAAUGAUUGAUUCUAGUUAACAAAUGUUACUCAUAUUUUAUAAUUUACCCAAUUAUAAAACUUGUGUAAACAGCUAUGCAAAUUUGAUAAAUUACCUGUAAGUGAAUGUAUGUUGUUGAAGUAUAUUUGGAUAUUUAUUAAACAGACCAUAAACAAGUUGCUGAAUGGAAUAUUUACAAUGUAAAUUUAACACUAAAAUAAUAAAGAAGGUGUUUGUUUUUAUUUUCUCAUUUUUAAAAAGUUUAUAUCAAAAUACUAUUGUCAAAUUAAAGACAAUCUAUUUAAAUAUAAUUUUUAUCAUUCACAAUUAGGAAUGAUAUUUGGAAGCUUCUUGUAACUAAUUUUUACUUUCUAAGGAAGAUAAUAAUUAUCUGAAAUGUUAGAAAAAAGCUUUCUAAUAUUUGAGAUAUUUAUUAAUUGUACAUUUUCACAUGACAUUUAUUUAAGUGAUGCAUUAUGGGUGAGUUAUGUUUUAUUAAGGUUAAUGUAUAUAGCAGCUAGUGAACAUAGUAUAGAAAAUAUAACUGUGAUAUUAUGAGUUUACUGUACAUUGUUGAUAACAAUUAGACAAAUUCACAGCUGUCAAACCUAUAUUGGACUGGUGCUAGCCGAGUCUGAUAUAGGUUUUGCAGCUGUGUACGAGUCCAAUAAUCAGUAUUGUUCUCAAUCAUGUUUAAUGAUCUCCAUAUUUCACAUCACCAUUUUUUGACAGAACUUCGUUACUUCAGUUACUGUAAGGAUUUUAAAUGGAUUUUGGACUCUCGAAAAUGAGGCUAAAUGGGGUGCAAUAUGAAUGAUUUAUUAACCUUUUUGACUCUGAAAAUGAAAUUGAGGCUAUAUGGACUGUGAACCUUUUGGAUUCUUUGAAAUGAAAAGAGGUUUAAUUGAUAAGAUUGGAUUCAGUAAUGAUUUCUAUUGGGACAUCCAGUGGUGCAAAUGCUGAAACUGCAUUUGUUAUAUUUUAUAAGGUAUGAAAUAAAUACUUAAUAUGGCUUGGCCAAAAUAUAGGAUAUUUGAUAUGUGACAUGUAUUGAAUCUGUUGAACUGGUUGAAUUAAAUAAUUUCUAGCAAGUGUGUAAGGUUUAAACCUUAACUGGCUGGUACUUAAAGUGUUUACCCUUUGUCAUCCAUAUAAAACCAGUUCAGCAUGCAUAUGUGUGCAGUCUCACCAGGCUCUAUACUGUUGGUAGCUUAAUUUUUGUAUUUUGAUUUUGAAAUCCCUUAAACUUUGAAUAGACUGUUCCAGAUUGCAAAGAUGGACAGAUCCAUUAUAGAAUAUCAGCAGGUUUUGGGUUUAUUAUCAGGUUCCAGACAUAAUACUCAAUUGAUCAAGUAUUCUAUAUAAAUACAGAGAAAAUGAGACUUAUUUCAGUUAAGUAUGUUCAGACAUUCUGUAAAUAAUAUGUAUAUAAAACCUUAAACAAAUUCCUUAGAACAUAUUAUUAUGUAUCUUGUUUGUAAUUUUAAUGUUUACUAUAUUUGUUAAUGAUAUAAAUUGUAUGCAUAAUAGGAUAGAAGUUUUAAUGAGGCAUUGAUUUCUGCUAAAUUCUUGACUAGCAUAUUAUUUUUUUCAUUUUAAAAAACAUUUUGUUUAUACAUUGUAUAAGUUUUUGAUUAGUGACUAUGAUUUUAAUUAUCAGUACAUGUUAUGGUGCUGUAUGCAAUAUUCACACAAGUUUUUUGUGCAAUUUUUUAAUGCAAGUAAAAUUUCGGCAAUCACUGAAAAUAUAGGAAGCUUUUUUAAGUUUUUUAAACUUUUCAUGAAGCAAUGUUUCCAGUGUAGUAGCAUUCAGCUUUAGGAUUGUGUCAUAUUUUACACAAUUAACAAACUGAUGUAUCUAUAAACAUACAUUUUGAAAGGUUUCUGUUAUUGUUUUAUUUAUCAAUCUUUAGAAGAAAUCUUAUAGAUGUUUAAACACAAAUAUUUAUUUUAUCCAUUUUUAUGGAUUUUUCCUGCCGUGUGUAUAUUGUUUGAAUUGGAUUUGUAAAUAUUUAUUGCAAGCGUGCCUUUUAGCCUUACUACUGGACCAGGUGUAACACUGUCAUUUAACAUCUCAUUUAUAUUAAUAAUAAUUUCUAUUUUUAGCCAAAAGUAUAUUUCUUACAUUUGGAUCUAAUACAACUCUUAAUUCUGAAAAGGAAUUGUUUUUUUAACUCAAAAGUUAUUGCAAUUACCUUUUUCUUAGCGAAACAGCAACUAACUUCACAUAUGUUACAUUGGGUUACAGUAUCAUUUAUCAAGUAUUUUAUGAGUACAUGUAUAUUUAUGAAAUUCACGAAAUAAAACAAAUAUUUUCCAAUA